AUGGCUGAAAAAGAGAUAGAAAGUUUAAUAUCUUCGGCAAAAAGAAAGAGGGAUGCUAACUGGUCUUCCGAGGAGGAGAUUGUAUUAAUAGAAGAGGUGCUAAAGUUUGAGGAGCAGUUAUUUGGCAAAAUAAAAGGGGCAGGUGUAAAGGGGAAACAUAGCAAAAUAAAGGAGGAAACGUGGCAGUCUAUUACGGACACACUCAAUCUACAAUUCAGAAAUGAAAGAACAUCAGAUUCAAUUUCCAAAAAAUAUGACAACAUAAAACAAAGAGCCAAAGAUAAAAUUGAUGGAAUUCGUCGCCCGAAGACAGGAGGAGGUCCACCACCGGCACCAAUGACCCAAGCUGAGGAGGUCCUUUACCAGGCCAUGGAUACGCGUCCGAGCAUUGUAGGGUUGAUCGGUGGGAUUGAUUCAGAUGAACCAUUUAUAUUUUCUAACCAACAAGAAGGGAUUUGUCAAAGUUCCGCUUCAACAGCAGUGACAGGCGUCGUUUGUGAUGAGGGAGGUGCUGGCGGCGAUGCUUCAAGUUCAUCUAAUGAGAGACGUUCUACGGAAAAAAGGAAGAAAAAGAGGGCACAUAGAGAUAUCCUUGAGGAGUUGGAAAUUGAAAAUCUGAAACUGGAAAAUGAGAAAUUGAUGCAAGAAACGAAGAAGCUUGGAAUAGAACAAAAGAAAUUGGAAACAGAGGAAAAGAAAUUGCAAAUUGAAAUUGAAUUUCUUGAAAUGAAGAAAUCUUAUUUAAUAUGCAAACUUAAUUCUGAAUUUCCGGAAUGUCUGUUGAAUCCAGCAGGCAUAUAG